UCAAUAUUUCGUAGUUAAACUAAAUUUGUGUAUGUAAUUCUUCGUAUUUGCAAUGUGUAGCUCAUCAUAAACCUGAAUUUAUCUGCAUAAUUUCUCUUAUUUUCUGACCAAUAUGAUUCAUUAAAUACUAGAGAUUUCAUGGAAGUUCGAAUUCACUAUAUUCAGUAUAUUCUUUCUAAAACAGAGUUUGGAAGUUAUCAAUUUUGUUCCAAACAACGUAUCAUUAUAAACAUGACCACCAACAAAGAUGAAAAGCAGUACGGUUUAAUUUUACCAAAAAAGCAACAAUCUGUAGCACCAAAACCUAGCAAUGUAUUUGGAAAUGACAAUGAUUCAGCCGAAGAAGAUGGUACUGAUUGGGUUAAGAAAGCUCUUAAAGCGGAAGAAGAAAAAAAUAAAAUGAAAAAACAGACCAGAUUGAACAUGCAAAAAGCAUUAAAAGAAGAUCCAACUAUAUACCAAUAUGAUGAAGUAUAUGAUGAUAUGGAACGUGUGAAAAAUCAAUCAAAAGAAGCAAAGGUAGAGGUCAAGAAACCAAAAUAUAUUCAGAAUCUUUUAAAAGCAGCUGAACGAAGAAAAAGAGAACAAGAACAUAGAAUAGAAAGAAUGGUACAAAAGGAAAGAGAAGCUGAAGGAGAAAUGUAUGCAGACAAAGAAAGUUUUGUUACUUCUGCAUAUAGAGCAAAAUUAGAAGAGUUUAAAAAAUUGGAAGAGGAAGAAUCUAGAAUGGAUAGGCUGGAAGCAAUCGGUGAUGUCAGAAAACAACAAGAUAUGUCAGGAUUUUAUAGACAUUUGUAUGAACAAACUAUUAAAGGAACAGGAGAAAAUGAAACUGAAAACAUUAUACCUAAAGAUACAAGUAAUUUACAUAAAGAAAUAGAAAGUGAAGAAAAAGAUAUGACUACAACCAAUAAAGAACAAAUGACAAGUAAAAAAGCCAAAAAAGUUAGGCAAUAUAGACAAAGAAUAAUGGAAGAUGAAAGUGACACAGAUACAGAAACUUCACAAACAGUAGAAAAUAAAACGAAGAUCUCUUCAAUUGAAAAAGAUGAAGCUAUUGAAACAGGAGAUACAGAAGAACCACAGGUCAAAAAAUUAAAACAAACUGAAAAUGCAGAAUCUAAUGAGGCUAAUAACAAAAUUGCAGUGGAAAAUACUUCAACUUCAAAAAGUAAAGAUGGACCAGAAGAUUGUGAAAAUAACAAAGAUGAAACGAUCAAACCUAAUGUUAGCAUGAAAGCAAAAAUAGAGGCAGAAAAGAAAGAAAGAUCUAAAAUUUGGGAAAAGAGAACAAUUGGACAAGUGUUUGAAACUGCAUUACAAAGAUAUUAUGCAAGAAAGUCUACAAGAAUCGCUGCUACAUAAUUAAAUAGAAUUCUAUAAAGGUAUUUAUAAGAUAAAAUAAGUCACAUGCUGCUUUACAUUUUCUUAUAAAAUGACAUUCAAACUGUAGGAUAUAAAUUAUUUUUAUUGUAGUAUGUAUAAUGUACAAAUUAAAAAAUAUGUAGGAUAUUUAGUACACAAUGCAUACUGUACAGAUAAUGUGUAUAAUUAAUGUAGGUGGAUAUUUGUAAUUUUGUAAAUUAAAAAUUUGCAUAUAUCUAA